AUGGCUGCUCUACAUGAGGCCCUGCAAUGCCUCAAACCGACGUCGUGGGAAGAUGUCCCCCAGGAUCCCGACGAACUCCGGGACUACAUGGGCGAGAUCUUCAAGAGCAGCCGCUUGGUAGCAGAGUCACUUCCGGACCCUCCGAUCACCGAUAAUGACCAUUAUCCCGGGUUAUCAUACGACGAGGCCAAUCCCCCCAUCCGACGAAUCGUUCCUUCAUCCGCGCGCGUCGGAGAAACCGACCCGGAAAUCGCAAACUUGCAAAAGGAAUGGGGGAAGCCGCUUAAGAUGGGCGGUCCAAGGGACAACCCGUUAGACGUGACUGUGUGGAAGCUCUCAGCGCAUGAUGGUAAAGGCUCAUGGUUCGGGCGACGCAGCGUACAUGAGGGGCUUCCAUUCUCGCGGUGGCGCAAGAAGAUGUCAACGGAAUAUGAUGAGACGCUCAAGGUCAACCGGGAGAAGAUCGAGAAUGGGGAGACACCGAAUUACAGUAUCCGAGGGAUCGGUGCUGAGGAUAAGAUCGAGGAUAUUGAAGUCAAAGAUCACGAUGGUAGUGUUCUGGGAAGUUUGAUGGUUUACCAUGUCUCGGCGCAAUUUCCUAAACCUACUGCGCCGCGCGACUUCGUGGCGUUGAUCAUCAAUUCCGACUCGGGUUUACAGGUCGGUGGUACUAAGCAGCCUGGUCGCAGCUGGGUGAUGAUCUCUAAGCCGUGCGACCACCCGGAUAUCCCGCAUAAGCAAGGGUAUACUCGGGGAGAGUAUGAGUCGGUCGAGCUCAUUCGGGAAAUUCCAAGGAAAGAGAAUCACAGCAGUGGGAGUAGCUCCUCUAGUCAGGGAAGCAAGAAGAAAAGUAAUUCUUCUUCAUCUCCUGAUCCGCAACGGCCUGAGAUUCAUAUUCAGAACUGCGCCGGUGAUGAUGAAGACGAAGAGAUGAACCCUGUUGAAUGGAUCAUGGUCACUAGAAGCGAUCCAGGCGGUAGCAUUCCGCGGUGGAUGGUGGACAAAGGAACACCAAAAAGCGUGGGGGCAGAUGCCGCCAAGUUCAUCAACUGGGCUGUUCAAGAUGAUAAACCCCCAAAACAGGAGAGCCCAGUUACUGUGUCUACGCAUGAUAUAGCGAGCGCCAAGUCCGGAAAGUCUGCCAAUGAUGACGAGGACGACCAGACAGACGACUCAGAUUCGGAUUACGAAUCACUCGACAGCGACAGCGAGCAAUCGCACCACGGUCUGAUUGCUAGUGUCACUGGCUUGCUCAAUAGCGGCUUGGAACGAUUUGCACCACAAGCCUUGGGUUAUGGCAAUCACACCGAGGCACCGAGAGGUCUCCCGGCCAAUCAUGAGGUUUCCUACAUUGAUGGAGAAGGGGUAGCGCACCUGGACCCAGAAAGUGCUCGACAAAAGAAAGCCUUAGAUACCGAGUCUUCAAGAUCCCGCGAGCACGACCAUGUCUCACUCUCCUCUAUCAAUUCCGGGCAAGCAACACCCUCGAUCGAUGAAAUCGCACACAACAAUCUGCCACCGGCCGAAUUGAUACAAAUGACAAAGAAUGGCAAGCUUACUUCCCACGAAAAGGAUCUGGCAAAGCUAGCUCUUCGCAAACGCGAAACCGAACAGAAGCUAGAAGAAGUCCGCGCCGAACUCGACAAGCUCCAGUCCUCAUCACAGCCACCUAGCAGACCGGGAACCCCACUGAAGAUCAGUGAGGUAGACAGCGACACUAGUAAGAUGCGCAAACGCGCAGCGACGAACCGGUCUUCGCCCGCUAGUACUCGCACACAGCACAGCAAAAAGCACUUCCAAAGCGAGAGUAACAAUGACAGCCAGUCGUCUUCUGGACAGACAGCAACCCCGGAAUUGUCAGCACAUAUCCAUAGGUCUGUUUCGCACCUACUGAGUAAAGAAACGAAAUUGGUUAAACAGCUGGGCAAGCUCGAGGCUAGUCAGCUCAAAGUUGCGUCGAAGAUUGAGACGAAGCAGCGGAAGAAUGAAGAGCGCUCGGAAAAGUCGAAGACCAAGAAUAAGUCUGAGGUCGAUGGCUUGAAACAGGAGGUCCACGAUCUCAAGAAGGAGAUUAAGCAGCUUCGUUCUGAGCGCCAGAAGUGGAUUGAUCUUGUUUCUUCGUUGCAGGCGGAGAAUACGAAGUUGGCGGCGAGUUCGGAGUCCUAA